AUCUUCAGUUACAAUUGUUAUACCGUCUGUUGUUGUUGUGUGUUCCGCGUUCACGGACUGGUUCGUGCACGAUAGUUUUUCAUAAUCAAAUGAGUGUCGAUUUAUUUUAUUUUAUUGUAGUGUUAGUGUGAAAACUUUAGCUAGCCGUUUUCUUUUAGAAAGAAUUAGGAAUUUUUUUUUUCACAAUGCGACUGUUACUUUUGGUCAUCUUAGCUACCACUGGAUUAGCUGUCGUUUCUUCCGAAAAUAAUUGUAAAUUUCCUGGUGCUCCAGCACAUUCAUCGGUAACAUUUACCAAUGAUUCAUUGCCUAUUGGAGCAAUAGCUACUUACAGCUGUGAACGAGGUUUUGAACUUUUGGGACCUGCUCGUAGAGUAUGUGAGACAACCGGAGAAUGGCUACCAGAGGGAAUUCCAUUUUGUGUGUUGAACGUUGCCGCAGGCAAAGCGCCCAUGCAAAUCAGCUCGGAACCAGGCGGCUUGCCACAGAAAGCUAUUGACGGAAGUACUAGCUCAUUUUUCAGCCCUGAAACAUGCACACUCACCAAACCAGAACGGACCCCAUGGUGGUAUGUGAACCUGUUAGAACCAUACAUGGUGCAAUUAGUUCGAUUAGAUUUCGGCAAAGCUUGUUGUGGUAAAAAUAAACCAGCCACAAUUAUAGUUCGAGUGGGAAAUAACAGGCCUGACUUAGGUACAAAUCCCAUAUGCAAUCGUUUUACUGGGUUCAUUGAUGAAGGUAAACCAUUAUUCUUACCAUGUAAUCCACCCAUGCCUGGGGCAUUCGUUAGUGUACAUAUGGAAACAGCAGGAGCAUCAACUCAAUUAUCUAUUUGUGAAGCAUUUGUUUACACAGAUCAAGCAUUACCAAUCGAAAGAUGUCCACAAUUUAGAGACCAACCUCCGGGCAGCACAGCUACAUACAAUGGUAAAUGUUACAUAUUUUACAAUCGUCAACCAAUGAAUUUGAGAGAAUCCCUUGCUUUUUGUCGAUCAAGAGGAGGAACAUUGGUGGACGAAAGUAAUCCGGCUCUACAAGGUUUUGUUAGUUGGGAAUUAUGGAGGCGGCAUAGGAGUGAUUCUCAAAGUCAAUAUUGGAUGGGUGCAGUGAGAGAUUCUCAUGACCGAAAUAACUGGAAAUGGCUAAACGGCGACGAUCUUACAGUUUCAUUUUGGAGUGUUCCAGCUAAUGGACCAGAAUCAAAUUCAAUCAAUGGUGGUGACUGCGCACGUUUUGACGGUGCCAAAGGUUGGCUAUGGUCUGACACAAACUGUAACGCACAACUAAACUACAUUUGUCAACACCAGCCAAAUGCUUGUGGAAGACCAGAACAGCCUCCAAAUUCAACAAUGAUAGCAGAAAACUUCAAUGUUGGUACGGUAGUAGAGUAUACUUGUGACGAAGGUCAUUUACUGAUUGGACCAUCUACUCGCACGUGUCUUGCUACUGGAUUUUACAAUGAAUUCCCACCAGUCUGUAAACGUAUUCAAUGUGGGUAUCCGGCAGAAAUUUCCAAUGGUAGUUAUAAGUUGAUCAAUGGAACUAUAAAUUACUUAAGCCAAGUACAAUAUAACUGUUCCGAAGGAUUUAAAAUGACUGGUAGAGAUCGAUUAAUAUGCGACUUAGAUGAAAGAUGGGAUGGACCUCCUCCCAAAUGUUCUGUCCAAAAAUGUGAAGAUCCACCUAUUAUUUCUAAUGGUGAAUAUCAGAUGUCAAAUAACGAUAGUAUUGUAGGAACAAUCGUAGAAUAUUCGUGUGUAUCUAGAAAAUUUAGGCUUGUUGGAACAAAGGAGUUAAUAUGCUUACCAAAUGGACAAUAUGAUAAUAAGCCUCCCUAUUGUAAAGAAGAAAUCAAGACACCACCUGCACCCAUUUUAGUCACUAAACCACCAUCAUCUGCUACAUCAACUACUCCUAGUAGUAGGGUAACCCCAAGUCGAGAAAAGCCACGACCAUUUACUACUAGACCAACAAUUGUUACUAAGCCUUCAAAUGAUCAUGACGACAAUGGUCAAACUUCAUCUAAUGUCGUUAUUGCUUCUGCACAUCCUCACGAUAAUGAAAUUCCAGACAGUGUUCAUGUACGAACAAAUCCUAAUGCUGCUAAUAUACCAAAUCAAGUAGAAAGUGAACACCGCAUUGGUCCUAAACUGAAUUUAGGAGCAAUUAUUGCUUUGGGAGUAUUCGGAGCGUUUGUAUUUUUAGCCGCAGUCGUUACUACUAUCGUCAUAUUAGUGAAAAGGAAUCGCAGUGCCAAACACUUCCGCCACCGUGCAUCUCCAGAUACGAAUACGGUGGCUUCAUUAGACUCAUCAGAAUCAGAAAGUCGAGGUGGACUGAAUAGAUAUUAUAGACAGGCAUGGGAGAACUUGCAUCAAUCUGCUGUUUCGCCAAAACAUUCAAGACAUCAUCAUCAUCACCAUCAUCAGACGAACAGGCGUAAAGAAACAAUGGAUCCUUCACCUAGAAUGGAAAGUAUGAGAGAUGGCUCUGAAUUAGUUGUUAAUGAUGCAUAUCAUCCACGAUCGCAGGACAAAAAGAGACAUCAUCAUCACCAUCACCACCAGGGAAGGCCAUCUAAUAGAUACUAACUACAAUAUUUAUAAAGUUAUAUUAAUUAACUAGACUAAUUAUUUUACCUAAACUUGUGAGGGAGGAUAAAAAUGCGGAUUUUGAAGUGGACGUUACAAAAACAGAAUUUUUAAAUUUCGAAGUAAAUUUCUUUAUAUUUUAAAUACCGUCAAUGUUUCUAUACGAAAGUUAUUCUCAUUUAGAAAAAUACGAGUCAUACAUUAUCUUAUUUACUAAUAACUUAUUAAAUUCUAUGUAUUGCCAUAUAAUAAGGGAUUCAUAUCUUUGAUUUGAGAAGUUUUUAUGAACGUUUUAUAGGGCGUAGCCAUACUAUUACCUGAAUAAUUGUUCUAUAAUCUCAUAUUUUGAAAGUGAGUAUUAAAAAAAAAUAAUUGCACGACUGCUUUUAGCCUAUUUGAUUCAAUAACAAUUUUAUCUUGGUUAAUUUCAUCAUAAAACGAGAAAAAAUAUACCAAGUCGGGCAACUCUUAUUUGUUAAAAAAAAUAUUUAAAAAUAAUCUUAGUCCAACAAGAAUCAUAUAUCGAAAUCCUCAUUUUAUCCUUGUGUUAAUUAUGGUCGCCGAAUACCCAAAAAGGGUUUGUAAUGUCUGCAUAGAACAUUAUAUAAAUUGUUUUUAUUGUUACCUAUUCUGGCGUUGAAAAUAAAGUCAAUAAUAUUUAAGUUUAAUUAUACAAUUUUAGGGUUGAUGUAGGUACAAAAUUAUCUCUAUAUUUAUAUGUACAUAAUGUAGAAUGAAAGUACCUACCAACAAAUCUUGUUUUAUCAAGUAUUAUUUAUUAUUUAUUAAAAUAUAUCUGUUUUGUUAGCAGUAUAGUAUAUUAAGAAUAUUAUAUAGUAUUUUAUGUAAUUUUUUUUUACUUAGUAAAUUUGUAAAUAUUUAAUAAUAGUUAUGU